UGUUCGAGCAUUAUGUUAACUAAUUUAAUUUUAGUUGACAAUACAAGUUCAAGAGAAAGAAAAUCUAGCAAUGAUACAAUGAAUAAAUUUAAGCAAGCUUUAAAGGGUGUGCCCCCAGAAACAACUGUAGAACUAGAAAAUAUUAAAACAAAUAUAGAUCCAUUAUGGAAAGAUAUAAAAGAAAAGCAUAAUAGAAUUAUUAGAUUUUAUAAGAAUGCCAAAGAAGCAACAAUCAACCGAUGUGUAAAAAUUAAAAAUUUUGCUUGGGAAAUUAACAAAUAUAAGCAAGAGAAAGAACGUGAAAGUUCAUCAACUGAUUUAUUUGUCCCAAUUACGACACCCGAAGUUGAAAAAAUGAACAAAGCAUUUAAUCAAAUUAAAUUAAAACCAGCUAUUAUUUAUUUAAUUUAUCUGUAUGAGCAAAAAAGGAACAAGAAAGAUUUGAAAAAAUACGAAGAUAAAAUUAACAAACUGAGAGGAUUAGCUGGAAAUAUUCAAAAUUUUAAUCUUCAAUUUUACGAACAACAAAACUUGCAAGCUUUGCAGAAAUAUAUCCACAUUAAUUGGUCUAUAAAAGUGGUAGAAGAAGAGAAAUACAAAUCUUAUCAUUUUUAUAAUGAGCUGCUCAAAAUAAAAUUUUAUUUUCAUUGGCCUACAUUUACGUUUAAGCAAAGUAUUCACGAUCCUUCGUAUAAGCCAACUCCGUUAGGAAGCGGAGCUCAAAGUUUUGCUGAAUCAUCAAGACCAAGCACUAGUAUGCAAAGAUCAGGGCGUGAUAGUGGGCAUAUCAUUGCUACACCGGAAGAAGAAGAAGAAGGGGAUGAUGAAGAGGAUGAAGGAGAAGAGGAAUAUGACGAGGAAGAGGAUGAAGAAGAGGAUCAGCCAGAAACUGCCGCAACGGCAUUUCGUCAAGACGAAGGACAUGGAGAAAUACAACCAGAAGGACAUCAGCUUGGUUGGCAAGGUGGUUAUCCUCCGCAAUGGACAGGCCAGAAUAUUCCGUGGAAUCAUCCAUACGAUGCUUCUCAAUUUUAUGCUCCGCAGUGGACAGGACAAUUUGAUGAUCAUGGGCGACCAAUCUACUAUGCUUAUCCAGGAGAAUCAAGUCAUCAGCUUGGUUGGCAAGGUCAUGAUCCAAGCCAUCAGCUUGGUUGGCAAGGCAUGGAAUCCUACACAUUAAAACAAGACGAACAAAUUUGA